GGUGGUGGUUGGUGCUCUUCGGAUGAAACUUGUACUUAUAGAUUAACAAAUGGAUUAGGAAGCAGCAAAUACUAUAAUGAGACUGUUUUUUUCGGCGAGAUAAAAAGCACAAACAAGACUGUGAAUCCAGAUUUCUAUAAUUGGAAUAGAAUCGUUGUUGAAUACUGCGAUAGCUCAUCAUUCAUGGGAAAAGCUAAUCAUCCUAAAAUAAUUAGUAGGGGUGCACAGAUAUUCUACGCCGUAAUGGAAGAGUUAUUGGAAAAAGGAAUGGCCAGCGCAAAAAAU